UAGAAAAAUUACAUUUCAUCUGUUUUGAAUCGUUUAUUUCAUGGUCCGUUUUCUUCGCUUUUCGGUGUGCAAAUCCUAAAUGCUAGCAUCGGUUUAGUAGGCAGCAGGCGCUCUUGGUCUUCGACUGCUUCGUUCUUCGCCGUAAUUUUCAGUGCAUUUCGUAUCAAUGCCGAGGGGGAGUGCAGCUUCGCCUCUUGAAAAUCUCUCGUUUGUCCUCUCACAUGCUUGUUCUUCUGCUUUUCUCGUUAAAUCACAGGCUUCUGUUCUUGUUUUUGAACCUCAUAUGAGCCAACAAGAUCUCCGUUGUUUGUUCUCCACGAUACCCCUUCCUCUUUUUCCCCAGUAGAUAGUCCCCUUCAUUUCUCGUUUUCCCGAGAAGAAAGUAGAACACGUACAGUCGAGCUCGUCCACCUAGUUUCUUUUGCUCUUCACGUGCGUACUUAAGUACGUCAUGGCGAUUAUGCAUGACUCGGGAACGCCGCGGCCGGCAGUUGGCAGUAAAAGUCAACAGUGCUAGAUCCACAGUGCGGAGUUUGAAAAAGCAAGCGCCGCAUCCGCACUCGAUUUCAACACAAUAUGGAGCGCUACCUCCGCGCCCCGCCUGUGACGAAGUCCGGCGGUGUGAAGGGGCGGUAUACCCAAGCGAGCGGCUACGAAAUAAGCGAUCAUCACUCUAAGGAAAUAGGACACAUAACACCGACGGGAGGAGGGCUAAAUGACGGCGUUUCCUCCGCGGACACCGCUUCGAAUUCCACCUCUUCAACUGCCGCGUCAACCGCUAGCAAGAAGGUAUUUUCCGGUGCGGCGCGGAGCCCCGACGUCGUGUAUGGCGCUCGCGGGGCUAAUGCUCGCGGUGGGACAACAUCAAGCAAAGAAACAAGCGUUACGCAACUCUCCUCCAAGGGAAGUGCGAUAGUACAGUCCGCCGCUUUGAUGUCCUCGCGGGACUUGCAGAAGUGGAAGCCGGUUAUCGACCCGAAAAUCCUGAUCAUGCUGGUGAACAUGGUGGACUCCGCCGACAUGUCUCUCAUUGCCUCCUGCAUGAAGGCGUUCGAGCGAGAUUUCGGGUUUCGCCCGAGCGAUUUGGGGAUCUUGGGUCUCUGUCAGGCCGCGAGCUUUUCCUUGACCUUACCUAUUUGGGGCGCGGCGUUGCCGAAGUACGGGUGUCGGACGCUGUUGUCACUCGCCUGCUGGGUCUGGAUGAUCACCACUUUCUUAACGCCGAUGGGACACACGCUCGGUAUCUAUGUAGUAAUGAAGAUCAACAUCUGUUCUUGUUCACAUGAUUAAUAUUUUAGUGUAGAAGUUUGGACGAGGUGGUCGUUCUUUCAGUGUAGUCCUUCGAUCUUGGCAGCUAUAGUUUUCUGAGGAAGGGGACCCAGCUGAAAAAAAAAACAACAAAACAGCGAUGCAAGCCUGCCUGCGUAUCCUGAACGGCGCGGCGCUGAGCGGGGUGAUGCCGGUUUCCCAAGCGGUGCUCGCCGACAUUGUGGACGAAGACCAGCGGGGCCAGGCUUUUGGCUGGGUCGGCGCGUUGCACUCGGUUGCAAAAGUGAUUGUCACGUACUACGUCCUGGCGAUGGGGGAAAACUGGGCGCAGUGCUUCUACCUGGUUGGUUUCGCCACCUUCUUGCUAAUCAUCCUGCUUUACACGCAACUACCCGACUCGUACGGGAAGCAAACGCAGAUGGUGGACAGUGUCACCGGGGAACCCAUCAGUUUCGGCGAGCAGGCGAUCCGGGCCGCGAAACGAAUUUUGCAGAUACCCUCCUUCAUGGUUUUAGUUGCGCAGGGGGUGGUUGGCGGAACGCCCUGGCAGGCGAUGUCGUUUCUGAACAUGUACUGGCUGACCCUCGGGUUCUCCAACACGGAAGCGGCGACCAUCGCGGCCGUGAUUAAUUCCGGCGGGAUCCUGGGUUGCCUGUUGGGCGGCACCAUGGGCGAUUUUUUUGCCCGGAAUGUUUCCUCUGACCGGGGGCGCGUCAUGGUUGCGCAGUUGUCGGUAUUAUUAGGGAUUCCCUGCUGGUGCGCGAUGCUGAGCAGCACGCUGGUGGACGGCAGUUCUGUGUUCAUGGCCUGCCUGUGUGGCUUUUCCUUCUACCUGCUCGCCACGUGGUGCAGUUUCGCCGCCAACCGGCCGAUCUGCACGGAAUUGGUGUCCUCCUCCGCCGACCGGGCGCAGAUCGUGGGUUAUUGGGAGGAAAAAUCCCCCCUCCCCAUAUCGAAAAGGUAUGUUUCCGAAAAUUUGUGUUGCUGAUUUGUGACCACAGAUCAGGUUUGUCUUGUAGGAAGACAAGUGCAGAGGCAUCCGCCCAAUUGUGGAAGCGAUUUGGCGUGCUGUUGGUCCUAGAGCAGGGUAGCCGUUUGCAAUGCUGAACAACUAGACCUGAGCGCUCCAACCUAGGCUGCGGAUCUGGCCGCAGUGCCUUACUGCAAGACAGGUCGGAUUUGUGUACGCAAAUCAGCAUCAGAAAUUUUCAUUUUGAUAUCGGGAGGGGGGAUUUUUCGUUUUGAUAUGGGCUUGUGGGUGCUCAUCGAGGGCACGUUUGGUGCUUUGUUCGGUGCUAUCAAGUGCAAAAAUGUCUGGGUCUGGAAGGAUGUAACCUGUGAUGCGCAUUUCAGAACACGCAAAAAUCUCUCAUGCAUGGGUAGCAAAAGCUGCCCACUUUCUGUCACCAAAAUGGGGGAUUUGUCAUGCGGGUUCGGCAUUGCGGAAGCUUCUCGAAACCUGUGAUGCUAGAGCUUCCAUGCCAGACCUUCCGUGUCAUGCAGAAACAGCAUGACUCUUCCAGACCCAGACAUUUUUACAUUUGAUAGGUGCGCCGGUUGUUGGGUUUGUGUCGGAGGCGUUUGGCUACCGUUUGUCGAAAGACGUCCUCUAUCAAAUGCAAAUAUGUCUGGGUCUGGCAGAAUGCAGAUUUCUGUCAUGCUGUUUUUGCAUGACACAGAAGGUCUGUCAUGGAUGCUCUAGCAUCACAGAUUUUGAGAACUUUUCGCAAUUCCCAAUCCGCAUGACAAAUCCUCCUUUUUGGUGACAGGAAGUUGGCACCUUUUGCUGCCUAUGCAUGAGAGAUUUGUGUGUGUUGUGAAAUUAAUGCGCGUCACAAAUUCGCGUCCUUCCAGACCCAGACAUAUUUGCAAUGCAUAUUCUUGCAUCCGGCCACAGUGCGACUGCCGCGGAGACGAGCGCGUACAACCAGCAGGAAAAGAAGAACGCGGCAGCAUUAUCCUCCGCAUUGACAGGAUUAGGCGUGAUCUGCUGGACCUUGUGCUUACUGAUCUGGUCGGUGAUGUACCUCACUUUUCCGGCGGAUCGCGCGAACGCGAGGAGGCUAGAGCAGGAAGAGAGGCGGCGGCAGGAGGAGGAGCUGGGCAUAGAGGGCGACGAGCUCGGGAUGCCAUUAGAUUUCGACACCGGGACGGGAGAUGAAGACGCGCACGAAACCAGGCCUCUGGGGGCGGGGAAUAGGCACUGAGAAUAUAUUCUCUGUAUCUAUAGCAGUUUGAAGAUGCUUGGAUACUACAGUCAGAAUUUUCCCAGAGCUUUCAUCUCUCAAGCGUCGUUGUGUAAGUAUACUCGCUUCUGAAAGAAACGGUCGUUUUCACCGAUGAAGCGUGCGCUUCGUCUGUCGAUGAAAAUAUUUCUAAGAAAAGAAUAGAAUUUCAUAUUGUUGCGCGGCCAUUUUUCGCAAAAAGCUGCUCACAGCAACGGUGAUAUCGAAAAGCCAUAUGUUAUAUUGCUUCGCUUUGACACGACUUUUUGAAGGAAGCAGCAUUGUGUUCGUUUGUCGCACGACUUUUUUUUGUUCGCUCCGGAACG